ACUAUCUGCAAAGAUCACAGUAUGACGUAAACGACGAUCUAAACAAGUAUCAGCUGUGUAGCAGUCAUUGUUCGUAUCCGUUUUGGCAGGCGUGCAAGAAUUCUGUUUUUCUUCGUUUUCUGAUCGUCGGUCAGCAGGUCCGACGGGAUAAACGGUAUACAGAUUAGUCGGGAAAAGAAGUAGAAAAAAAAGAGGGGAGGCUACGAGUUUUCCGUGCAACGCAACCGUGGCUGCGUGCAUGCUCCAGCCCCAGCCCCACCAACGAUCUUAGGGACAAUAAUCGUGUGAAAAACGGGGCGGUACGCGCAUAAGCCUGGCCUCGAGCAGCGAGUCAGACGACGGUGGACUCGCUCCGCCACCGUGCAAAAGGUCUCGUAGUUCUCUCCCGACUACCCUACGACCAGCGGACGAGCACCACACCGAUCCUGAGAUGGAAAACUAUCGCGUAAUGCAACAGCAGACUUCAAACGGUGGCAUUUCCUCCGGGCUACAGCAGAAUGGUUCAACAGCUGACUCUGGCGGACCUCAUGCAAAUGGCAACAUGAUACCAGAAUCGGAUAGUGACAUCAAUGGUGUUAAUGGAGAAACAAAUCAAAAUUUGGGACCGCCGAAAAUAAUGGACAAAACCAAUCAAGAUAUUGUCAGACUCAUUGGACAACAUUUGAAGACAGUUGGGCUUAAUCGCACAGCAGAUCUUCUCAUGCAAGAGUCAGGUUGUCGUCUAGAUCAUCCAGCUGCUGCAAAAUUUAGACAACAUGUUAUGGAUGGAGACUGGACGAAAGCAGAACAUGACCUUAGUGAACUUAAAACAUUUCUAAAUGGAGCGAAUCAAAGUCUAGUAGAAAUGAAAUUCUUAUUACUAGAACAAAAAUAUUUAGAAUACUUGGAAGAAGGAUUAGUAUUGGAAGCAUUGCAUGUUUUACGCAAUGAACUCACACCUUUAGGACAUAAUACAGGUCGUGUUCACCAGUUGUCUGCAUUUAUGAUGUGCAGUGGACGUGAUGAAUUACAGACACGUGCAGGCUGGGAUGGCAAAGGUGCAGUCUCGAGGGCUGCUUUAAUGGACAGACUACAGAAAUAUCUGCCACCCUCCAUUAUGUUACCACCACGUCGCCUUCAUUCUCUUUUGUGUCAAGCUGUGGAAAUGCAAAAUCAACAGUGUACAUACCAUGUAACACAUACUCAGACAAGUUUAGAAAAUGUGUCAUUGCUUGUGGACCACAGCUGUAGCAAAGAACAGUUCCCGUGCCAUACUAUACAGGUGCUCAAUAAUCAUUGUGAUGAAGUGUGGUAUUGUAAAUUUUCUCCUGAUGGUCGUAAGCUAGCUACAGGUUCUAAGGAUAUGACUGUAAUUAUUUGGGAUGUUGAUCCAGAAACAUUAAGAGUAACUCAUAGAAAAACAUUAGAAGGUCAUACUUAUGGAGUGGCACUAAUUGCUUGGAGUCCUGAUAGCAGUCUCUUAAUUGCCUGUGGACCUGAAGAUUGUCCAGAGCUUUGGCUGUGGAGUAUUGACCCGCCUGAUUAUGAACUACGGGCAACAGUAACUCAAAGUACCGAUGAUUCACUUACAGCUUGUGCUUGGUAUCCUGAUUCACGUAAAUUUGUAGCAGGAGGACUUCGUGGACAAUUUUAUCAAUUUGAUAUAGAAGGUAAUGUCUCAGAAUCUUGGGAAGGAGUUAGAGUAAAAUGUUUAUGGUGUAAAAAUGAUGGAAAAACGGUUCUUGCUGCUGAUUCGCAUCAUCGAAUUCGAGGAUAUAAUUUUGAUGAAUUGUGUGACUUUACAAUAUUACAAGAAGAUCAUCCUUUGAUGUCCUUUAGUGUAAAUAAAGCAGAUCGACUUGCACUUCUUAAUGUGGCUAAUCAGGGUGUACAUCUUUGGGACUUACAAGAUAGAUGUUUAGUAAGACGUUUUCAAGGUGUUACUCAAGGACACUUUACAAUCCAUAGUUGUUUUGGUGGUGUGAAUCAAGAUUUCAUUGCAUCCGGCAGUGAAGAUACUAAAGUGUACGUGUGGCAUAUCAGAAGAGAAUUACCUAUAGCAAUUCUAACAGGACAUAGUAGAACAGUAAAUUGUGUUUCAUGGAAUCCUGUAUAUCAUCAAAUGAUGGCUUCUGUAUCAGAUGAUUGCACAGUGAGAAUAUGGGGACCUACAUCAUCUUCCCCAGAAAAAGAUAGCGACAAGACUGUUCCAUUAGAAAGCAAUUCUUCAAAUGGUAGUGGAUGGCAUGAAAUGGUAUCGUAGCGCACUACAGUAUAUCAGUGUUCCCAUGACCUCAUGGUGUUCAAAAGACUGUCAUAUUGAUCGUCAUACUGACUCUUUCCUGCCCCCAGCAGCUAUGUCUUUAUGCCUCAGUACUGUAAGUCUGGGUAAAUGACUACUAUUGAGAGUAAAUGAAAGACAUGUUAGCAUCAUCUGCUAAUUAAUUAAAGAACUAAUGAUUAGGUUAUUUGAAAAUCAAUUUUUUUCUUAUUAGUAAAUUUUAUAUGAAAUCUUAUGGUUCAUUUGCCUGUAACAAUUAAAUUUAAAUGAUUGCGAUUAUCAAUAUGAAUUAAAGAUAUAAAUUUUUGAAAAUGAAGAACAGCAUAAUAUGUUGAUUAAUAUAAGUUAUGACAAAAUAGAAAUUCAACAAAUUCCGUCGUAGCAUUAAUGUAAAAAGAAAAAUUAAUGUGCAUUAAUAAGCAUUAAACAAAGUAAAUAACAUUGCAGCAAGAUAAAAUUUGUGAUUUUGCGAGAAUAUUAUCAAAAAAACCUUGUUUUGACAAAAUCUGUGUCAAAUUUAAUCUUUCUAAAAAUAAAAAGCUGUAAAUAAGAAUUUCGUGCUUAAUAAAUUUCUAAUUAAUUUUUUUAAUCAUUGAUGAGGGUGAUAUCAUUCUCAUUUUUCACUAUAUAUGUAACUGCCAUCUUACAUUGAUAUUGUAUGUUUCAAAUUGUAUACAGAUGUCGUAAAUCAUGAUAAAAAAUGUAGAAGUACUAUAAGAAAAGAAAUUUAAUUUCAGUAAAUAAUUUGAUGACUAAGUGAGAUAAAUUAUGAAGUUUAUAAACAGUUAUGAGACGUACAGUUUGACACAGGAUUAAUUAGAAAUUUGAAAAUU